AUGUAUUACAUGCCAAUUACACCUAGACUACAAUGGUUGUACGCAUCUAAUGCUACAGGUAAGGAUAUGACUUGGCAUACCAAUCAUGGGACUAAUGAUGAUUUAAUGCAUCAUCCAGCUGAUUCGCAUGCAUGGAAAGCUUUUGAUAAUAAUUGGCCUCAUUUCAGUGCUGAGAAACGUAAUGUUCGUCUGGGAUUGUGUACCGAUGGUUUUCAACCCUUUGGACAAUCUGGUCAGCAAUAUUCAUCAUGGCCUGUCAUAUUGACACCGUACAAUUUACCCCAAUGGUUAUGCAUGAAAGAUGAGUAUAUGUUUCUCACUAUACUUGUCCUAGGGCCUAGAAAUCCAAAAGAUAAGUUGGAUGUGUAUUUGCAACCCCUAGUAACUGAGUUGAAAGAUUUAUGGGAGAAUGGAGUUGAAACAUAUGAUGCAUUCAAUAAAGAAAAUUUCAACUUGCGAGCUGCUUUAAUGUGGAUUAUAAGUGAUUUUCCUGCUUAUGCAAUGUUAUCUGGAUGGAGCACUGCAGGAUGGACUACUUGUCCUUAUUGCAUGGAAGAUAGUGAUGCAUUCACAUUGACAAGAGGAGGUAAGCAAUCAUGGUUUGAUAAUCAUCGCAAAUUUUUACCUCCGAGCCAUUCUUUUAGAAGAAACAAAACAGCUUUUAGGAAGAAUGUAUCCGUUACUAAGAAAGCUAAACCACUUAUUUUCGGUGAAGAAAUACUGAAACAGAUUAAUGAAUUGGGGUUUAAGAGAGUUAUAGAUGAGGAUGCAUUUGAAAUAAAUUCCCAUCCAUCAAAGCAAUGCGGUUGGCGAAAAAGAAGUAUCUUGUGGGAUUUACCGUAUUCGAAAAGUAAUUUGAUUCGACACAAUCUUGAUGUAAUGCACAUUGAGAAAAUUUUUUUUGAAAAUAUAAUCAACACUAUAAUGAGUGUUGAGGGAAAGACAAAGGAUAAUGCUAAGUCAAGGGCAGACCUCAAUGUGAUCUGCGAUCGACCAGAGUUGGAAAUGGAUCAAGUCACUGGGAGAUAUCCCAAAACUUGUUAUACUUUAGAUAAGCAAAGUAAGCAGGUGUUAUGUGAUUGGUUGAAAAAUCUCAAGUUUCCUGAUGGAUAUGUUUCCAAUAUGGGCCGAUGUAUUGAUAUGAAGAGGUUGAAGAUGUUUGGGAUGAAGAGUCAUGACUGUCAUAUUUUCAUGCAGCGGAUUAUUCCAAUUGUAUUUCGUGAGUUGCUUCCUUCGAAUGUUUGGCAGCCCUUAACAGAGUUGAGCAAUUUUUUUAGGGAAUUAACAUCUACCGCUAUAAGUGAGAGUGAUAUGUUGCGGUUUCAUGGUGAAAUUCCUUUGAUCAUAUGUAAGCUUGAGCAUAUUUUCCCUCCAAGUUUCUUUGAUUGUAUGGAACACCUCCCCGUCCAUCUAGCAUAUGAAGCAUGGCUGGCAGGUUCAGUGCAAUAUCGGUGGAUGUAUCCUUUUGAACGAUAUUUGCGACGGCUUAAGAAUAAUGUUAGAAAUAAAGCUAGAGUUGAGGGAUCAAUAUGUAAUGCGUACCUAGUAGAAGAAGCCACUUCAUUUUGUGCGCAUUACUUUGAGCCAUAUGUCCAAACUAGACAUCGAAAAGUGCCAAGAAAUGUUGACAUUUCAGAAAGUACUAAAAAUUAUGAAGGCAACCUAUCAAUUUUCAUGCAAUCCGGUCGACCAAUAGGAAAAAGGACAACCAGAUACCUUAUGGAGGAUGAGUAUAAAGCAGCACAAAUUAAUAUAUCCAACAAGUUUAUCAUAUCGCUUGCAAAGGGUCCAUUACGAAGUGUGACAUCAUACAAUGGAUAUAUGGUGAAUGGAUAUAAGUUUCAAUCAAAGUCAUACUGUACAAGUAGAGCAACUAUGAACAGUGGGGUGUGUAUUAAGGGGUCAAAUUACAGCAACGAAGAGAGCGAUUACUAUGGACAAUUGCUUGAAGUUAUACGUUUGGAGUAUCCAGGUCUUCCAAUCAAGCGAGUUGUACUUUUCAAAUGCAAUUGGUUUGACCCCACUCCAAAUGUAGGCACAAAGACCCAUAGUAAAUAUAAACUUAUCGAUGUAAAUCAUAAACGAUGUUUUAAUAGAUAUGAGCCUUUUGUGCUGGGAGUACAAGCAAUACAAGUGAUAUAUACUUCGUAUCCUAGCCUAAAGCAAGAUAAAAUUCAAUGGUGGGCUGCUGUAAAAGUCAAAGCACGUUCUGUAAUUCAACUUCCAACACAAGAAAAUACACAACCUGAUGAAGAACCAUUUCAACAAGAUGAAAUGGAACACACUGCCAUUGUUAUUGAAAUUGAUGAUUCAACACAACAAUUAAAUGAUCCAACUGGGGAUGUUAUUGAAAUUGAUGAUGGUGAAGAAAAUGAUGAAGAUGAAACUAUAAUAGCAACAGAAAUGGACGAUGAUGAUGAUGAUGAUAAUAAUGACUUAGAUGUAGAUAGUGAAUAA